AUGCUUCUCAACAAACGCUAUAUUCCGCCUCCAAAGAGCAAUGCCACCUGUCAGCUAUGCCAGGACCUUCAUAUUCCGGUCCAGGGGACGGGGAAAGAUCAUUAUGGCUCUUUGGGCAUUCGACUCCAGGACUUACCCAUCGCAGCUAAGAAUGGAUGUGUCAUUUGCGAUUUCCUCUGGGCAUCUGUCACAGAGCUCUGCGCCCCGCUUAAAGGAUUUCCCCCGCUCCCAGAAGAGGAAGUCUUUGGCAUCAGACUUUGCUCAGUCAAGCGGGAUGGUCCGCUAAUUAUUAACGUGCUCACUGAGUAUGCACAUUGUCUAGAUCUAGAGAUGUACGUGCGACAAGGACCUCUUUCGAGUUGGCCACUAGUUGGGCCAGCUCGCGAUGUGUCGACAUCUGGCUCGUCCGAGGAGUGCGUAUCACUCGCGAUGCGAUGGAUUGAUGAAUGCCUAAGUCAGCAUGGUGCAUGCGCGAAAGAAACCAAUCCAGUCCUGCCGUCUCGGGUAUUAGACGUUACUAAUGGGAAAGAUCCGCGUUUGCGUAUUACUGGUAAUCAAGAGCGCGGAAAAUAUCUUGCGCUGAGUCACUGCUGGGGUGGCAAAGGGCAUUUCAAGACGGAAUUGUCGUCUUUACAAAAACGUAUCCAGGGCAUCCCGUUCGCAGAGAUCCCGAAAACGUUCCAAGACGCGAUAACAAUAUGCCGUCUUUUAGGCGUUGACAGUCUAUGGAUAGACUCACUUUGCAUUAUUCAAGACUCCGCAAAUGAUUGGGCUGAACAAGCUGCUCAAAUGAGCAGCAUAUAUGCAAACGCAUUUGUCACGAUAUCGGCAGAUGGGGCGGCAAACAGUUCAGAAGGAUUCCUUGCGAACAAACUUCGAAAUAUCAAAGUACACAGACUUUCUAUAACGGGGUCACACUCUGGAAAGGAAGAGCUGUGUAUUCGAAGGAAAGGCUCAAGCGGUCGAGACUCUUUCAGCCAUCAUGCCUGGGCUGGACCUCAAUGCAGCCCAUUGGCAAGUCGCGGGUGGGUGCUUCAAGAAAGCGUCUUGUCUCCCAGAAUCCUACAUUUCACGACAGAAGAGCUUACAUGGGAGUGUUCUACCACCUCGCAAUGCGAAUGUCAAUGUUCGCCACACGCAUUCGAGGCCGAGGAGCCCCUCAGAAUAAGCAUCGAUAACCUACCUUUCCACCAGCGCUGGCAUAUGUUGGUCGACGAAUACACUGACCGUCAGCUCACCUAUUGGACCGACCGUCUGCCAGCAAUCUCAGGGAUUGCACAAAGUAUGCAGAAAUCGACUGAUUCAGAGUAUUGGGCCGGGCUUUGGAGCGACUCGUUUCCUUACUGUCUGUUAUGGCGAUUUCUUGACCGUCACAAGGAUAUUACAGGUACCACAUGUACAAAUAAGCGUGUCCAGCCCUAUCACGCGCCGACUUGGUCUUGGGCAUCUAUAACAGGCCGUGUUUCGCUCCCCUGGAGAUUUCCAAAAGUGGUUCAACCUCAGUCACUUGAAAUCAAAUGCAAGCCUGCGACUUCCGAUAGAUUUGGCUCUUUGCAAUCAGGGGAAUUAAUAAUGGAUGGAUUCCUCGUAGAGAUUGCGAUUAAAGAAAGGGAUGACCGUGAAUUCCUUGGAGCUAAAUAUCAUUGCUUCUCGAAGAUAGCAGUGGAAAAUGAAAGUCUCUCUGCCAAGCUUGUACCAGACGUUGACGGCGAAGAAGACGAAAUUAUACUCGACGAUCGUCACUGGGCCUUAGCCGUUACAGAGGAUUACGAUGGCAUGAUAGCUCUGCGGGCUUCUUCUUAUCGAAUGGGUGCGUAUGAGCGCAUUGGCAUCCUGGACAUCGAAAAACCAAGGCAAUGGGUAGACAUUGCUCUGAAGCAACGUAUUGUCAUUGUCUAGAGAGCAGCGGAAUCAUGGGAUUGCUCCUCACCGACGGAGUGAAUGCUAGUACAACGAAGCCAAAGUUCGCCGAUCAGCCAUAUCAG